AUGCAAUCCCCCCUCGAAACCUUCACCUCAACCCUCUCAACCCUCUACGGCCCCAUAACACCCUCCACCCUCUCACACCCAAACACCUGGACCCCACCCCAAGCCUCGGGCGGGCACAAAGGCCGCUACCUCUGGACCGACGCAUUCGGCGUCCUCGCACUACUAACACUACACAUCGAAACAAACCGCAAUAGCCCCACAAACGCCAGGAACACCCACUACCUAACACUUGCCUCGCGUCUCGUAACCACCGUUCACGACGUCCUCGGGCGCACCCGCGAUGGCUCCGCGCUUCUCCCCGGCGCAACAGAGUCCAACUCGCUCGGCGGCGGUCUGCGGAUCGGGAAAACCGAGGAAGCAGGCAGCGACGGCGACGGGCAGUACCACCAUUACUUGACGCUGUGGAUGUUCGCGCUGAACCGGAUGAGUCUGGCGAGCGAUGACCCAACAUACAACGAGCAGGCGAUCGCGCUGGCCAAAGCCAUCCACGCGCCGUUCUUCGUGAAUCGGGCGUCUGAGAACCCGCGCAUGGUCUGGAAGAUGAGUAUGAAUUUGUCUAGGCCGUUGGUUGCGAGCGAGGGGAAUCUAGAUCCCGUCGAUGGGUUCGUGAUGUUUCGGCUGUUGCAGGCGGCGGAUGACCAUUUCAGGAAUCGAGACGGAGGUGGAGUGCUGAAAGACGAGAUAGACGAUUAUGCGCGCGUCAUGAAACGCAAGGGCGAGCAUUUCGUCUCUUCGGAUCCGCUGGAUCUGGGGAUGACGAUGUGGACUGUGCACUGGGUGAUUGAGGAAGAGUGGGCGAGGAGGUUGGCGGAUAGGUGUUUUGAGCAGAUUUACGAACUGCUCGAGAUCCGCCGCUACCUUGACCGCGGCAUGAAAUACCGGCUUGCGUUCCGCGAGUUCGGGACUGCGCUGGGCCUGCGAUGUAUGGCUGAGCAGGAAUCCGAGAAAGAGAGAUCCGGUGAUCUGCGGGCGUACGGGGACCAGAUUCUCGAGGUUUGGAGGUCGAGGAUGGAUGGGGCGAUCGGCAAGGAUGCGACGCCCGAGGAUCUCAGGCCCAUCACGAGGGUCAUGUAUGCGGCAGCUUUGAUUCCGGGAGCGUUCCAACGGGGAUAUUUCGGUCCUGAGCCGAUCAUGUCGUGA